AUGGAUGGAUGGGAUGGAGGAUGGAGGAUGGAGGAUGGAGGAUGGAGGAUGGAGGAUGGAGGAUGGAGGAUGGAGGAUGGAGGAUGGAGGAUGGAGGAUGGAGGAUGGAGGAUGGAGGAUGGAGGAUGGAGGAUGGAGGAUGGAGGAUGGAGGAUGGAGGAUGGAGGAUGGAGGAUGGAUGGAUGGGGAGGAUGGAAUAAUGGAAGAGGGUAUGAAGAGGGAAGAUGA